AUGGGGGGUGAGACAAGAAGAAAAAAGGGAAUGUACACCGUAAUCCCCGCCCACAACGACUUCUGGGGCCUUCCCUCCAAACCCCUUUCCAUUUACCACACAGGACCUGCCUGGCCGCUACCUACUGGCCCCGAGGGCUGGCGCGUCCCUAAGGAGGCGAGACCUGUUUGUAACCACGACAUCGCAUCCGUAUGGCACCAAUUAGGUUCACGGAUCUACCAAUACUUUGAUUCCCGCGAGCUCAAGUGGACCAGUAUUGACCCGGUCUGCUUUGCUGAAGAAAGAAAGGAACCUGGUCCCCUUUUCCUCUGGGUGGGUGUUCUGCCUGGGACGCUCUCCCCCAGCGAUGCGAAGAAUGCAGCUAUGCGGUGUAAAGAGAUUCUCUUGGAGUAUGAGAUCGUCGAUGUUGAAAUUGCCUUCCGCGAGUCCAUUUUCACUCGAUUCGCUGGGGGCCCCGGACCGACGCAGCUCCUCCUCGAUCAUGAAGGUUCAUCCUUUGACUACAACGAUCACAAAGCGAACGUACGAGGUCCGUUCACUCCGGCACUCGGACUCCAGAUUGCUCCUAAGGCUUUCCCUUAUAUUGAGGGAACAGGCUGUCUCUAUCUCUGUGAAGGUGGAGGGAGCGAUCGGGUUUUCCUCCUUACUGCCCGACAUGUUGUUCUCCCACCCAGCGAAUAUUCCAACGAACUUUAUAGCCGCGAGGGAAAUGGCAUACCUCGACACGAGAUCAUACAUUUAGGCGGGAAAGCAUUCCAAAACGCUCUCGCUGCCAUCGUGUACAAGAUUGAAAGCAAUAAUUUCAAGAUCGAAGGGUACUACAAGCACCAACUUGAGGAUCUGGGCCCGGAGGCAGUCGAGGACGAGGGCGAGAGCGAGGACGCUGAGAUAACUCGGGCACGGAAGGAUUUGGAGUCCAUGAUGUCAAAGGCGGAGAGAGCGAGGACGAGUGCGCAGGAGCUUUACCACUAUGUUACCAGUUCCUUGAUUCGAGAGUCUGAGCGCAUCCUGGGACAUGUCGUUUACGCUCCUCCGAUUUCCGUUGGUGGUACGGCGGACAGCUAUUUCAUGGAAGACUGGGCUCUCAUUGAACUCGGCCGCGAAAAGUUCGAUUGGAAGGUUUUUAGAGGCAAUGUCAUUGAUAUUGGAACCGCAUCUCUGUCCGACUUCAUGGUGAAGAUGUACCCUGGCGAGAAGAGGAGCGCCAAGUUACGGUAUCCGUAUGACGGACUCAUGCAGCUUCGAGACUUUGUCAAGGAUGGCGAUCUGCACCGCCCGGCCAUGUUCGACGGAGAUGGAGAACCGUGUAUUAUGGUCACUAAGAACGGUGCUGGUACCGGUCUUACGUUUGGUCGUUCGACCGGGAUCGAAUCGUUCGUUCGUGAAUACCGUGACACCGGCGAGGAUGAUGAUAGUAAUGAGUAUAAGAUUCACUCGACGUCUAGGGAGAUCCCUGUUUAUUCCUACAGUUACAAGGACGGCGCUUUCUCUGCUCCUGGAGACUCUGGAUCUGUCGUUGCUGACGCCAAUAAUCGUAUCGUUGGCAUGCUGAUUGGUGGUACUGGAAAGGAUGACGCUACUGAUGUUACGUAUGUGACGCCGUACUACCUCCUCGACGAGCGUAUUAAGAAGGUCUUCCCCAACUCCCAUCUCUGCCCGAUCGUGGUGUCUAGGCGGUGA